UUCCUGUACGCCAUUGAAUGCUCUUAGUGCUUCUUGGCGUUCUCUAACCAUGACAAACAGAAACCAUUUUUUGCUUUGUAUUGUUUGGAUUUCUCUCAUUUUCGAUGUCAUUCUUGUAUCAAGCCAGCCUUUGGCUGUGGACUGUGGCUCCAAAGGUGGCAAAGAUGAAGAUGGGAGGACAUGGGAACCAGAUACCAAGUACCUCCUUCCAUCCAAUAGUUCUGUUCAACUCCAAGCUGGAUAUCAAGACCCUUCACUUCUUUCAACAGUUCCAUACAUGAAUGCCAGAAUCUUCACAACCCCAGCAACCUACCAGUUCCCUAUAAAAUCGAAGGAGCGGUACCUGGUCAGGUUUCAUUUUUAUCCUUCAGCUUACCCCAACUUCAAUAUCACCAAUUCCUAUUUCUCAGUGGUUGCAGGAGGGGUCACCCUGAUGAAUAAUUUUAGUGCUGCAAUUACAUGUCAAGCCCUCACACAAGCUUAUCUUGUUAAAGAGUAUUCUUUGGCACCCUUGGAUUCUGAGGCUUUAAAUAUUACCUUUACACCUUCCACUAACUACACCAACUCUUUUGCUUUUGUAAACGGGAUCGAAUUGAUUGCCAUGCCAAAUUUGUUUGGCAUGACAAAUAUGGUGGGAUAUGAUUCAUCAAGUUUGGACGUUUCAACAGAGAAUUUGCAGAUGAUGUUCAGACUGAAUGUUGGUGGGCAGUCUAUUCCUCCAAGCAAGGAUUCUGGUGGCCUUUUAAGGAGUUGGUAUAAUGAUGAUCCAUACCUGUAUGGUGCUGCAAUGGGUGUCAAUCUUGAGGCAAGUAAAAAUCUUCGGAUUGAUUACAAAGAUUUGUCAAAAUCUUCAGCUCCAGAAGAUGUUUACAGGACAGCAAGGGCAAUGGGCAGAGAUUCUCAGUUGAACCUGAAGUUCAACCUGACAUGGUUGUUUCAGGUUGAUGCCAAUUUCACAUACAUUGUAAGAUUACACUUUUGUGAGUUCCAACUAAACAAAGUGAACCAGAGAGUUUUCAACGUUUACCUCAACAAUCAAUCUGCACAAGCUGAUCCCGUUCCAGCUGACGUAAUUGCAUGGACAGAUGGAAAGGGAGUUCCAACAUACAAAGAUUAUGCAAUUGUUGUCUCUGAUGGGCCAGGUGAUGAAAUGAUUCAGAUAGAUAUGACUCCAUCAACCGCGUCAAAGCCGGAAUACUAUGAUUCUCAACUCAAUGGAGUAGAGAUAUUCAAGUUAAAUGAUGGGAGCAAGAAUUUGGCAGGCAGCAAUCCGCAACCAUCAGCCAUGCUUCUUCAAGCUGAGAGUGAACCUGAAAAGUCGUUCGAGUCCAAUAGUGGUAUAGUGGGAGGAGCUACAGGAGGAGCUGCUGCUGCUUCUGUGGUGGUUGCACUAUUAGUUGUUUACACAAAGAAGAAGAAGCAAGUCCAGGGGGUUGAAUCACAUACCUCUAGCUGGCUACCAAUUUAUGGGAACUCCCAUACAACCGGAAGCAAAUCAGAUGGCAAGAGCAAUAGUGGCCAUCUUUCAGCACUGGCUCAAGGUCUUUGUCGCCAUUUCUCUAUAUCAGAAAUUAGACAAGCCACAAAGAACUUUGAUGAAUCUAAUGUCAUUGGUGUCGGAGGCUUUGGAAAGGUGUACAAAGGAGUUAUUGAUGGAGGCACCAAAGUAGCUAUUAAGCGAUCCAAUCCAUCAUCAGAACAAGGAAUUAAUGAGUUCCAAACUGAAAUUGAGAUGCUUUCAAAGCUGAGACACAAGCAUUUGGUUUCUUUGAUCGGUUUCUGUGAGGAUGGUGGUGAAAUGUGCUUGGUCUAUGACUACAUGGCUCGUGGAACUCUUCGGGAGCACCUUUACAACAACAAGAAAUCUCAUAUGUCAUGGAAACAAAGGUUGGAAAUCUGCAUUGGAGCAGCCAGGGGACUUCACUACCUCCACACAGGAGCUAGGUACACCAUCAUUCACAGGGAUGUGAAGACAACAAACAUUCUCUUGGAUGAAAAUUGGGUUGCCAAAGUUUCAGAUUUCGGGCUGUCAAAAACUGGCCCUGACAUGAAUCAAGGCCAUGUGAGUACGGUGGUAAAAGGCAGCUUUGGUUACUUGGACCCUGAAUAUUUCCGAAGGCAGCAACUAACUGAAAAAUCCGAUGUCUACUCUUUUGGUGUUGUCCUCUUUGAGGCAUUAUGCUCUAGACCAGCUCUCAAUCCUAGCCUUCCAAAAGAACAAGUUAGUCUUGCAGAUUGGGCCCGCCUUUGUCAUAAGAAAGGAGUUCUAGAAGACAUCAUUGAUCCUCAUUUGAAAGGAAAAAUAAAUUCAGAAUGUCUGAAGAAAUUUGCAAAUACAGCAGAGAAAUGCUUAUCUGAUCAUGGAAUUGAGCGCCCUAGUAUGGGUGAUGUGUUGUGGAAUCUUGAGUUUGCUCUCCAAUUGCAAGAAACUGCAGAUGGUUCGAGUUCAACAAAUGAUCAAGGCAGUGUCCAUUCAACAGAUUCUAGUGUAAGAAGCCAAAGAGAACCAUUACAUGUAAGCAACCUCAGCCUUGGCAGUGAGCAUGAAUUUGAAUGAGGAAAAACAUCCUGGAAGCUGGUAAAACCAUUGACAUGACAGUGAUCAAGAUGGGAACCAUGGAACUCAAGCAUUACAGAAAGAGUAAAGAGGGUGAUUUUAUAUUGUUUAUAUUAUGUGUUAUUUUCUUUUAGCAUUGCAUAAAAUAUCAGACAGGCGAUAUGAAUGAGUAUGAAUUUACCAUGUUACAAACUUGUAGCACUACUAUUUUCUUGGAUUCUUCAGUCUCAUUUUCAGCACCAACUGAAUUGCAAAAGGUGCCUUUUUUUGGCA